GUCUAUUAAUUAGCAGAGAAAUACGUGUCCGGAGCUCGUAUUUAUUAGCAUACAUAACACGUUUCUUUCGCUUGCCAUCGGAUUGCUGCGAGGAGUUUUUUUAUGUAUGCAAAAAUUCUACUCAAAUUCUAUUGUUCUAUGAAAUAUAUGAAAUCAAAAUAUAAAUGAAGUUUGAAAAAGGGUAUCGGAUUAUUUUUAUUAAUAUUUAAUAAAUACCCAUAUUGUUAGUUUUACAAAUCAAUAACAUACGCUGUUAUCUUUAUUGGACAUGAUUGGCAAUUUGAAAUUCCCUCCCUGGACAAGCAGCGCCCUCACAAGCUGAUAACCUCGAUAUGCGCGUAUAUCGAUCGGCUGUGAGCUAAUUUCACGCAUGCACUUUCGAAAAUCGCGCAUAACAUCAAUUUAUGCGACGUGUCGCCAGCUGUCGCGGAAAGCUCGCCGAGUCGCCGGUGAGAGAAGAUAAACAUAAACUUCGUACCUUUACAAGUAGUUGGGACAAUUGCAAGUUUUAACAAACGGAGAUGUUGCGAAUAGCGAUUUUUGCGGUGCUCUGUCUCUUCUCCAGUGUAAGCUCGGCGACCCUCGAGACAGUCAGCGACGACGAUCUGCUGAAUCUCAUAAAGACAGAAAAAUAUGUCGUUACUUUGUUCACCAAAAAAGACUGCGAAGCCUGUGAUCAAGUGGAAAACCAGCUGCUUCACGUCAGAGAAGAUUUGGUUGAUACCUUAUCAGCAUGGGUAGUGCGGGUUGUCAACAGUCAAAUGCUCAGGUUGUACAGUCCUGAUAAGGAGCCUCAAGUUAUAUUCUUCAGACAGGGAAUUCCUCUUUUAUAUGAUGGUCCAUUGGAUGAUGGAGAGGAGAUCUUAGCAACUUUCACAGAAAAUAAAGAACCAAUCGUUAAAGAACUUACGGAUGAUACCUUCGAGCAUUUAACUCAAGCCAGCAGUGGUGCCACGACUGGAGAUUGGUUUGUUAUGUUCUAUAGCACGGACUGUGUUGAUUGCCAAAGAUUAGGAGCAAGAUGGGAAGCUGUAGGGGCUAAAUUAAAGCAAAGGAUAAAUAUUGCUCGUGUUAAUAAGUAUCUCACUGGAGCUUCCACAGCUCGCAGAUUUGGUGUAUACGAAGUUCCUCAAUUUAUAUUGUUUAGACAUGGAAAGAUGUACCGUUAUUUGAUUCCAAAGUACGAUGUCAAAUCUUUUGUUUCAUUCGCCAAGGACUGGUACAAAAAUGCACAUGCGGAGAAAGUUCCAGUACCCCAAAGUCCAUUUGAUGACUUUACUCAAAUGAUAGCUCAUACAUUAAAGGAUAAUCCUUGGAUAAUGAAACUCGGUAGUAUCACUGUUGGUGUGUUGGUAAUUGUGACAGUCGCUAGUAAAUUAAGAAAGAAGGCUGAAGCACCGCAGAAGAAGAACAAAUAAGUGAUUAGAUAUCUUCAGCAGCAAAAUGUAUAUAUGUGUAAACAGAGUGACCAUACAAACAUGUUUUUAAGAACUAUUUCAGUUUUAUAUUUGAUACAAUAAAAUAGAGUUUCUUAAAAGAG